CGCUGAGGCGUCCCAGCGUAAUAAGGUCCGGGAGAAGUGUCACUAGCCUUGAGCGGGACCCCAUAGCCCGUUGUCUCCGCGCCGGCGGCCUGUCCCCGCCGCCUGGCGGGCUAGGGCAGGGGAAAUGUGGCAGGAGGAGUCGGAUCUGUCUCUCAGUAUCGCUCAGAUAGUCCAAAAACUCAAGGGCUCCAGUUUGUACGCUCAGCUGGAACGUCAGGCCUGGGCCAGUCUUCAGAGAACUGAUAUUAAACUUGAAUCUCUAAAAGAAGAUAUCAAGAGAUUCUUUAAAACAUCAGGUUGGGAGAAGAAACUUCAGAAUGCUGUUUAUAGUGAACUGAGUGUGUUUCCUCUACCUAGUCACCCUGCAGUGCCUCCGGAACAUCUUAAAGAGCCUUUGGUAUACAUGAGGAAAGCACAGGGAAGUUGGGAAAAAAGGAUUUUGAAGAGUUUAAAUAGUAUGUGCACUGAACUGAGUAUCCCAUUGGCACGAAAGAGGCCAGUUGGAGAUCAGAAAGAACUUCUCAAUAAAUGGAAUGAAAUGGGAACUGAUGAACCAGAUUUAAGCCAUUUCAGACCUGUUUAUGCACCUAAAGAUUUUCUUGAGGUAUUAAUUAAUCUUCGCAACCCAAAUUAUGAAAAUGGUGAUUCUCCUAGUUUCAGGACUCAUUUGGGUUUAAUCCAAAUUCCUCUGAAAGUAAAAGACAUCCCUGAAUUGAAAGAAUUAUUUGUAGAACUCGGCUUAACUACAGGACAACUAGGUAUAGAUGAUUCUACACAAGUGCCUCCUGAACUUUUUGAAAAUGAGCAUGUACGUAUUGGGCAAAAAGUUCUAGCAGAACAAGAUAGUGCUGCUGCUCAACAGUAUGUCAGACAAGGAAGCCCCACAGCACUGAGGGCUGAAUUAUGGGCUCUCAUUUUGAAUAUUUCCAGUCAACCUGAGGAUAUCUUGUAUUAUGAACAGCUUAAGACCAAUGUGAUACAACAUGACCUUUUGGUGGACAGUCUAAUUUAUAAAGAUGUGAAGUUGACGGCAAGCAAUGAUGAUUAUUAUUUUGUAUUUGAAGAUUAUUUAUAUCAGGUUUUACUUUGUUUUUCCCGGGAUACGUCUGUGUUGGGUCACUUUGCAUACAACAGUGCUUCACCACCAAGAUCAUACAUAAGAGGAAAACUAGGAAUAGAAGAAUAUGCUGUCUUUUACCCACCAAAUGGUGUAAUCCCUUUUCAUGGAUUUUCAAUGUAUGUUGCACCACUUUGUUUUCUAUACAAUGAACCUUCCAAAUUGUAUCAGAUAUUCCGUGAGAUGUAUGUGCGUUUUUUCUUCAGACUUCAUUCCAUCUCUUCUCAUCCUUCUGGUAUUGUGUCACUCUGUUUGCUAUUUGAGACUCUUCUUCAAACUUACCUCCCCCAACUCUUUUAUCAUCUACGAGAAAUUGGGGCUCAACCACUUCGCAUAUCAUUUAAAUGGAUGGUUCGAGCUUUCUCCGGAUACUUAGCUACAGAUCAACUCUUGCUUUUGUGGGAUAGAAUCCUAGGAUACAACUCUCUAGAAAUUCUUGCUGUCCUGGCAGCUGCCGUAUUUGCCUUCCGAGCAGUCAACCUGAUGGAGGUGACAUCACUGGCUGCAGCUGAAGCAGUUCUUGCUGACCUUUCUACUUUAAAAGUUAUGCCUCUUCUUCAGAUUUUUUUGUUUGCUACUGUCACCUGAUCUUCUUCAAGGUCACUGACAACACAUAAAGUUUUUCAUUAGAAGCUAAUCAUGAACUAUGCAAACUGCAUAAAACCAAAAUCCAAUAACGAUCAUGUUCCCUCCUCAGUUAAACAAACCUAAGUCAUUUUUUGCUUUUUGAAAAAAGAACUCAGCACACCAAAUAUUGCACUGCAUGCUGCUGAUUUUCAAGAGAGAAGCAAUAGACUGAACUUCUGGCGACUUGAGUGUUCUAUAGGUACAAUCCUGACCUGUAAAAAGCAUGCGACAACAUAUGCAAUAAGAACUAAAGAUGCUGUAAUAAACUUGAAGAGGUAAUGCAGCCUCUGGGACAAUUCUCUUAUGUCAGUUUGUAAAUUUAUCUCUAGAUAAUGUAUUGUUUUAUCUUAUAAAUUGCUCUUCACCCAGAACCGGGGGCGGGGUAGGAUGUGGGAAGACUUGAAAAAGAUAACGCUUUUAAGUAGAAAUUCACAUGUGCUUUGGUGUUUUUAACAAUGUUCCCUUCCCCAGAGAUUUUCUAGAUCUCUCUCCACUUUAUUUCUCACUUAAUGUUUUGUACUAGGGGAGGUCAAAUACAGUUGUGUCCACCUGCCAGUAUUGUAUUCAUUAUUUCCUGGGGUGGGGGAGAAAGUCAAAAUUAUGACAUGAUCUGUUCAAACUUCUCAACCUUCCAUAUCACAGCGAUUAGAAGAUGACACUGCUGAGGCCUGUUGCCAGAUUCUGUUACUUUGGAGGAUACCUAAGGAUUCAAUGAAGGGAAUGAAAUAUCAAAACCAUAUUCGCUUUUGCUGAUGGUUGGUUUAAUGAGAUUUACUUCUAGGGAGGAGCAGCUGCAAGACCAGCAAUAGAUACUAGACAUUCCUUCCAGAACUGACGUCAUGCAAGGCUCAAUCUUAUGUUGGUCUUUAUUAUAAGUGGAGGGUCUUAUUGUAUAUUACUUCCCAAAGGCCUACCAUUUCUGUAAUUUGGAAUAAUAGUAUGAAAAAAAGAAGUCCAAAACCAUUCUUUUGAUUUUAGGCUCAAAUUCAAGAUGCUGCUAGCAGAGGGGGUAUAGCUCAGGGGUAGAGCAUUUGACUGCAGAUCAAAUUCAAGAUGCUGAUCAUUUUAACAAAACUCUAAAUCAAUAUAGUGGAACCUUGUUUCUCGAACCAUUUGCUUCUCAACCCGGCAUCCCUUUCAUGCUGAUACUGUAUGGUCAGUCACACAUCUCUCGGGUGACAAGCAAAAGAGAGAAUGCACGAAUGAGUCAG